AUGGUGGCGAAACGAGAGAGAUCGAGUGGCUUGAAGUUUGGGUGCAAAACCGGCGGAAAUCGCCAAUUUCCGGCGAGCAGGCGGCGGCCCAAGGCUGGCGACUGGUCGAGGAUGAUCGGCGACGUCGAGCUGGUCCGGCACAAUUCUAAAUUUAUUGAUAACAUUGUUGAAGAGAUUUCAGCACAAGUAUUAAGCCGCACCUAUUUAAAUGUGGCAAAGUAUCCGGUUGGAAUAGAGUCUCGUGUACAAGAUAUGAAUGAGCUUUUAGGAGUUGGAGUAAAUGAUGUUCGCAUGGUAGGUAUAUGGGGGAUUCAUGGAAUAGGUAAGACAACAAUUGCUAAAGCUGUUUAUAAUUCGAUUUCCCAUGAGUUUGAAGGUAGCUGUUUUUUGGAAAAUGUUAGAGAAAAUUCAAUGGAACCUGGAGGCCUAGUCCAACUACAAAAGAUUGUUCUUUCUGAGAUUCUAGGGGAAGAGCAAUUGGAGUUGACCGACGUUGAUGAAGGAAUAAAUGUGAUAAAGAAAAGGUUGAGCCGCAAAAGGGUCCUCUUAAUUCUUGAUGGCGUGAAUCAAAUGGAACAAUUAAAAAAAUUAGUUGGAGGGUCAGAUUGGUUUGGUUUGGGCAGUAGAAUCAUCAUAACAUCGAGUGAUAAACAUUUGUUAACCGGCCAUCAAGUUAACCUAAUAUACGAGGUGGAGGAAUUAGAUUUUGAUGAAGCUUUUGAGCUAUUCAGUUGGAAUGCCUUCCCAAUAAAUAAACUUCCAGAUGAUUAUGCUAAAGUGGCUGCUGCAAUAGUGCACUAUGCUAAAGGGAUUCCAUUAGCUCUCACAAUUAUAGGUUCCCUCCUAUGUGGUAGAAGCAUAGAUCAAUGGAGAAUUACAUUAGAUGAUUACAGAAGAGUUCCUAACUUAGAGAUUCAAUACAUUCUCAAAAUAAGUUACGAUGCACUAGAAGAUUCGGUGAAAGAAGUUUUCAUUGACAUUGCAUGUUUCUUAAACGGUAAAAAUAAGAAGUAUGUGAUAAAAAUGCUGGAAAGUUGUCACCUCAACCCUGAGUAUGGUAUUGAAGUACUGAUAGAAAAGGCCUUCAUAAUUAUUAAGAAAGAUCAUAUUUGGAUGAAUGACCUGAUAGAAGAACUGGGUAAAGAAAUAGUACUUCGCCAAGAUUCUUUAACCGGGCGUGAUAGACGUAGCAAAUUGUGGUUUUACAAGAAUGUUAACCAUGUUCUAUCGGAAAAUAAAGGAAUAAGUGAAACUAAAGGCAUCGUGGUAAAGUCGCAUGUAGCAGAUGAGAAACACUUGAGCUCUAAAAGCUUCUUAAAGGCUACUUCAGCAAAGUGGAUCUUUUUACUCAUUGCCCUCUGCCUAGAGAUUUUGUCACUUGCUUUUGAUCAGGCUUCCUCUCCAAGCAAUCCCCACUAUGCAUUAUUUGGUAUGAUGUUGGCCAUUGUUGCUGUACUGAUUUGCAUAUUGGAGCUCAUUUACAAGGGUAAAAAGGAAAGAGUUGAACUGAGGAGGUGGAGGACGUUGUGGUGGUUUUAUUAUCCACGUCCCCAGCGAAGGCUAUAUGGUAGUCUUCCUGACAUUUAUGGAUUAGUUGGUGCCAUCUCUCAGUGCAUUUGCUCGACAGUUCAGUAUGUGUGCUUCAUCCGGCAUGAUCAAAAUCCUAUCAAAGUCUCCCUUUGGCCUGCCAUCUUUCUUAUAUGUUUGGGUGUUUCAAGAUUGAAUUGGAUUAGAAUGGACGAGACCGAUGGACAAAAUGAGUGAAGAUGGGCAUUUAGGUUAUGUCUCAGCUAGCUUCUUGUUUGUGAGUUUCAUUGGUUAGGUUCUAAUAACUGUAAUGAU